AUGGCGGACUGGUCGGCUCUUCCGUCGGACCUCGUCCGCAGCGUCGCCGACCGCCUGCUCGCCGCGGCAAGCGACGUCGACUACUACAUGCACAUGCGCGCCGUCUGCCACGGCUGGCGCCUGGCCACGGCCGAUCCAUGCGGCGGUGCUGGCCUCCUCCGUUUCCGUCCCCGGCACUGGAUCAUGCUGGACGACGGCGAGGUGGAGCAGCCGGUCCAUGACGAGGGCGGUGUCCGCCUCUUCCUCAACGUGGCCACCGGCCGCGUGCUCCGCCGGCGCGUCCCGCAGCUCCGGGACCAUGUCCUCGUCGCCGCCUCCGACGGCCUCCUCGUCCUGGGCGACAAGAAGUAUCCGCACCGUGCCAGCGUCCUCAACCCUUUGACGGGCUCCUUGGUCCGCUUCGCCGCCGCCAUACCCCGCGUGAACCGGGUGCGAGCAGCGGUGACCGGCUCCGAGGACGAUCGGUCCCUCUCGCUUGUCUUCUCCUUGUACCACGACCCCUACAGCGACGCUAUCACGUGCGCGCACCCGACAGCCGCCCGACUCUCGCCGGUGCAGCUCCCAUACUACGUCGGUGCCGGCCCCUUCCACAGCUUGAAGCAAGAGAACAUGGUCGCCUACCGAGGACACGUCUACGUGGCCGACCGCGACGGGCUGAUUGUCAGGUUCGUCGUCCCGUCGGCGCAGCACAACCAGCACUGCCACGCCAAACUCAUAGUCUCGGCCGUACCUUCAUCGGAGAACACCGGUCGCUUCGGCCGAGCUUUUCUCGUGGCGUCCGGCGGGGAUCUGCUGCUCGUCCGUCUGUAUCACCUCCGGCGACGGCGGGCCGUGGAGGUCUUCAGGGUCGACGUGGAGCGGAAGGCGCCGCUGGAGCGCGUGAGGAGCAUCGGCCGCCACGCGCUCUUCCUUGGCGGCAGGUGUGUGUCUGUCAACGCCAGUGAGCUUCCUUCCGUCGACGGCGAAUGCGUGUACCUCGCCUCGGAGAGCGGCAAUGUUGCUUGGAGGUACGAUCUCCGAGACGGCGGCGAGACGAUGAUCUCGGGCUUUGAUGCUCGGCCGUUUGGCUUGGUUCAGGUGCUGCUCAACUACUGCGUCGUGCUACCCGAUGCAAAGGCUCAGCUUCACUCUGUCUACAGGACGGAGUGUUUGCUAUCGGUUCAGAGUUCAGAGUCAGACUAA